AUGAUAACUUUUCCUAGUCAUCAGGUUAAUGUAGGCGAAUGUAGCGUUAAAGAUGAUGACUUUAUCCAUCUAUCGCAGCAAGCUAUUGAACGUUUUCAACAGUCACUCAGAUUACAAACUAUAUUUAAUGAAAAUGAAAGUUUUAAUACAUCGGCUUUUCUUGCACUUCAUCAACAUCUUGUCGAUAAUUAUCCUCUCAUUCAUAAUGCAUCAUUUAUAUCUCGUGAAAUAAUCAACAGCUAUAGUCUUCUUUAUACCAUCAACGGUAGCAAUCCAGCGUUAACACCGUAUAUGCUAACUGCACAUCUCGAUGUUGUCCCUGCUAAGAAAGACGAAUGGAGUUAUGAUCCAUUUAGUGCUCAUAUUGUGGAUGGAUUUAUCUACGGUAGAGGAACACUAGAUGAUAAAAAUGGUGUUAUCGGCUUGAUGGAAGCAUUAGAAUUUCGUUUACGUAAGAAAAUCAUGCCCAAAAGAUCCUUUUACUUGGCUUUCGGUCAUGAUGAAGAAGUGACAGGUCUGCAUGGAGCUUAUCAUAUUGGAAAGAUACUAGCUGAUAGAGGGGUUGAGCCCGAUUUUAUUUUGGAUGAAGGCAUGAUGAUUGUUAGUGACGGAGCACCUGGUGUAAAAGGGCCUGUUGCUUUUGUUGGUAUUACUGAGAAAGGCUAUGCUACUCUUCAGUUAACAGUAGCCAACGGUACUGAUCAUGAUAUAGUGCCAGAAGUAAAUUCAAACAUUGGUAUUCUAGCUCAAGCUGUUUCGACGUUAGAAAGAGUCGGCCAUCGUAAUUUAUUCGGUAGUGGACCAGAAGUAAUAAUGUUGGAACAUUUGGCUCCUCUAAUGGGAUUUUCCUAUCGAAUAAUCAUGACAAAUUUAUGGCUGUUUUCAUAUGUUGUAAGUCUUCAAUUCGAUGCGGAUGCUGCAACGCGUGCUUACAUUAAGACGACCACAGCUUUAACUAUGUUCCAUUCUAACAGUGAUUCAAUCAAUGUUGGCUCUUCAUCAGCUACAGCUAUUAUUAAUCAUCGUAUACAUCCAUCCCAAUCGGUAACUGAGGUUAUCAACUACGAUAAAGCCAUCAUUAAUGAUGAUCGUGUACAAUUUAAAAUACUAGACUCUUACAAUCCUCCAAGAUUAUCACCCAUUGAUUCUUUUGGCUAUAAGGUUAUUUAUAAGAGUGUUCGCCAAGUGUUUAAAAAUGUGCCAGUUAUACCAUCUGUUAUGAUUGGAAAUACUGAUACUAUACACUAUCUGCAUUUAACUAGAAAUAUUUAUCGAUUUUCGCCGUCUUGUUUAUCAGCUACGACAGAUUUAAAGAGAAUACAUGGAAUUGAUGAGAGAAUAAGUUUACAAAAUUAUCAAGAAACACUAAACUUCUAUUUUCAUGUUUUCGAUAAUGCUGAUAAAGGGAUAAAUCUUCCUGAUCGGGAUAAAGAGAGAGCAAUGGAAUUUUAG